UAGUAGGGUUUUAGCUUUCAUUUCCAUUAAUGAAUCCUUCAUCAUUAUCAAGCUUCAAUUCUCCUUGACAAAUUUUGUCUUUUACCCUAUUUAGUUUCCCCCUUUUUGCUUCCUCUUUCUAAGCAUUUCCCAUGAACUGAAAAUCCCAAUCCCCACCUCUUCAAAAACCCUUCAAUAAUUCAAUAAAAUUGUCAUUUUCUGCAACUUGUAAGGUGCCACCCAUAAAAUCAAAGUACCCAACAAAAAUCCCUCAAAACGGCGGGUUGUAUUAUCCGCAGAAGCCAUAAGCUUGGCAAAGUUUCAGCUUCUGAAGCCAUAGCUAUGACGCUUUCUGCUAAUGCUUUCUCUUCUAAAGCUUCUUAUUAUCCUCCCCUUUUAUGGGUUUGUUCUCAUCAUCGCUCUCCUUCGUGGGUUGUUCCAUUUCAUACUCGUUUCUUCCGUUCCAGCAGAAAAUGUUUACAGGGAGGAUAUGCGACAUCGUCCCAUACAAUACAAGCGUUCAGAAGAUGAUGAAAUCCUAACUGUCAUGGAGUUAAAACAUCCCGAAUCAAUGUUUUCAACUGGACCAUAUGCAAACUCAAUAAAAACUAAUGGAAUGACUUUGAGGCCAAGGAAAUAUGAAGAAUCUUCCCAACCAACGAUGGUUAGACUCCCUGACAAAGCACUUUGGAUUCAACAGACUUUGUCUGUUAAAAAUAGUAAAAUGAUGUAUAGACAAAGUGCAAAAGAGCCAGAAGUAUCAUCAUCUAAGGACACAUUAGAGAAUUGUGAUCAGAACUCUGUUGGUGAGAGCAUAAACGCAAGUUCUGGGUUUACUGGCAUAUCUUCUACUACAGCAUCCCACUGUUUUGCUGCCUCUGCUGUUGAUGUAGAAGACCAUUUUGAUCAAACUAACGAGGAAAUUGGUGAAGAACUACAUGAAUCUGAUGAUGUCUCUAGAAAAGCCCCUUGUGCCAAUGGCUUAUCAACAAAAAAUGAUUUAUCCAAUAUAAACCUAUCUGAUGAAUGGAGUAAUGUGACUCUGAAGUCCGCUCUUGACGAUAAUCAAUUGCUCAGGGAGUCAAAAACGGCCCUGUCUGCCAAUGGCCUGUCCUCGGUGAAAGAAUUGGAUGUUCUUCAGGAAACAGAUGAUUUAAAUGAGAAUUCUGUUUUACUUGAUCUUAAUGAUUCACAAUCUGAUGAACAACAAGCACUUCAGAGGAGGCUGUGCUGUAUCUUUGACGAGGUUCUUGUAGUUGAUAAUGUCCUGGCAGCUAGGAAAGUUGUGCAUUUACUUACACAUGAACACAGGCAUCGUGUACAUGCAUGUGAUACUGAGGUGUCCACGAUUGAUGUGAAGCUCGAAACACCUGUAGAUCAUGGGCAGAUAAUUUGCUUCAGUAUUUAUUCAGGGAAAGACGUCGAUUAUGGAAAUGGGAAAAAUUGUAUAUGGGUAGACGUUCUAGAUGGUGGUGGCAAGGAUAUAUUGGCUGAAUUUGCUCCAUUCUUUGAAGACUCAUCGAUAAAAAAGGUGUGGCACAAUUACAGCUUUGAUUGCCAUGUUAUAGAGAACUAUGGGAUUAAGCUUUCUGGAUUCCAUGCUGAUACAAUGCACAUGGCUCGAUUGUGGGAUUCUUCAAGACGGACUGAUGGUGGGUACUCCCUUGAGGCACUAACAAGUAAUCCCAAUGUCAUGUCUGAGAAUAAGGUGUCCCUAAAUGAAGAUCUAAUGGGAAAAGUUUCAAUGAAAACCAUUUUUGGCAAGAGAAAAAUAAAAAAAGAUGGUUCUUUGGGGAAAACCAUCACUCUUCCUUCAGUUGAGGAGCUGCAAAGAGAAGAAAGGCAACCAUGGAUAUGCUAUUCUUCAUUAGAUUCCAUCAGUACUUUGAAGCUUUAUGAGAGCCUGAAGUCAAAGUUAUCAAAAAUGCUAUGGAUAAUGGAUGGUAAAUGUAUGGGAAAUAUGCUUGGUUUCUAUGAGAACUAUUGGAAGCCAUUUGGUGAACUUCUUGUGCAAAUGGAAACUGAAGGUAUGCUAGUUGACCGAGCAUAUCUCUCGGAAGUGGAGAAAGUGGCUAUCGUCCAGCAAGAAGUUGCUGCUGAUCGUUUUCGAAAUUGGGCUUCUAAAUACUGCAGUGAUGCUAUGUAUAUGAAUGUAGGAAGUGACACACAAUUGAGAACACUUCUUUUUGGUGGCAUAUGCAACAGGAAAAACCAUAACGAAUGUCUCCCAACUGAGAGAAAGUUUAAGAUCCCAAAUAUUGAUAACGUUAUUGAAGAAGGAAAGAAGACUGCAAAAAAGUUUCGUGACAUUACGUUGCAUAAAAUUGGUGAUAGUAUACAAACUGACUUUUUUGCCCCGAGUGGUUGGCCAUCGGUGAGCGGAGAUGCCUUAAAAGCUAUUGCUGGGAAAGUAUCUGCAGAAUAUGAUUUUGCAGGUGAUGCCUUUGAAGAUCCUCUGGUUGAUGAAUCACAUAACCCGGGAAAAAAAGACGUCGACCUUUCUGCUUACGGAACAGCUUAUGAUGCUUUUGGAAGAGGAAAAGAAGGGAUGGAGGCCUGUCAUGCUAUUGCUGCCUUGAUUGAAAUUUGCUCUAUUGAUUCAUUGAUAUCAAACUUCAUUCUUCCUUUACAGGGAAGUCAUGUGUCUGGGAGAAACAAGCGUAUUCAUUGCUCAUUAAACAUAAAUACAGAAACUGGCCGCUUGUCUGCUAGGAGACCAAACUUACAGAAUCAACCUGCUUUAGAGAAAGACCGAUACAAAAUUCGCCAAGCAUUUGUUGCUGCCCCUGGAAACUCACUUAUUGUUGCUGAUUAUGGGCAGCUUGAACUUAGGAUUCUUGCACAUCUUGCGGACUGUAAGAGUAUGAAAGAAGCAUUUGAAGCUGGUGGAGAUUUCCAUUCAAGAACAGCCAUGAAUAUGUAUCCAUAUAUUCGGGAAGCGGUUCAACGAGAAGAAGUAUUUCUUGAAUGGCAUCCUCAACCUGGUCAAGAAAAGCCUCCUGUUCCUCUACUUAAGGAUGCUUUUGGCUCAGAAAGAAGGAAAGCAAAGAUGCUCAAUUUUUCCAUUGCUUAUGGGAAAACUCCCAUUGGACUUGCUAAAGACUGGAAGGUUUCUGUCGCAGAAGCUAAGGAAACUGUUGAUUUAUGGUAUAAAGAACGCCAGGAGGUUCUGAGAUGGCAAGAAGCACGAAAAAAAGAAGCUGCAAAACAUGGUUGUGUUCACACCCUACUCGGGAGAGCUCGUCGUUUCCCUUCAAUGGCAGAAGCUUCUAAACCUCAAAAAAGUCAUAUUGAGCGAGCUGCUAUCAACACGCCUGUGCAGGGAAGUGCUGCUGAUGUUGCCAUGUGUGCCAUGCUAGAAUUAGACAGAAAUAAUCAGCUGAAAGAACUUGGUUGGAAGUUGCUUUUGCAGGUUCAUGAUGAAGUGAUAUUGGAAGGACCUUCAGAAUCAGCAGAAACAGCAAAGGCAAUAGUAGUUGAAUGCAUGUCGAAACCCUUUAACGGAAAAAACAUUCUUACUGUCGAGCUUUCCGUAGAUGCUAAAUGCGCUCAAAACUGGUAUGCUGCCAAAUAAGGACCCAUCUGUUUCUUCUCUCGGAUUGAUUUAUGGUUCCACAGAACCCUCGACAGGAUUCAGGUACCCAGCCAAAUAUUCGUUGACUAUGCUAAAAUGAGACGCGCCUAUUUGAAACAUGUGAUACUUGGGGCCAUUUUGUGUGCUAGUUGUCCCAGUGGUAUUUUUUUCAUCAGGCGCAGCACUCGGAGCGUUACCAGCUGAUUGUCCAUGUUUGGGUAUCGCUGCUAUGAAACUGAGUAAAAUCAGACAUUGUACAGCGUGCUUAUAGAGCAUACAAACGCGUGGGGCGAGUUAGGAGUGUGAGGCUUGAGUUCCCCUUUUUCGGGCAUUGUGUAAAUUUGCCUUUUGUAUACUAUAGAAGAUGGUAGGAAACCUGUUUCGGCAAAUGUUUUGUCCUGCGGUUAUUCGACCUGUUUUGUGAAAAGUAUGUAGUUGUUCCUACCCCUUGUUUCUACUUCCUUUGUUCGUUAUAUGGCACAUCGAAAUAUCUAAUAUUAUGUUUGUAAUUUAAGCAAAUCAAAUUUCAUUU